UGGGAGGUGUUAAAGAUCAGGAUAAUAAAUCUAAACACACAAGCAAAGAAACAAAGAUUCAGAAGAGAAACACACAAACUGAAGAAAAUGGCUCAAACUCUAUAUUUCAGACUUCUUCUCAUCGCUCUCUGUUCAUUAUCUGAAUGCAUUCAGCGCCACUAUCAUCAUAUAAACACGAAGAAGACCUGGACUGAAGCUCAGAGAUACUGCAGAGAAAACUACACAGAUCUGGCCAAAGUCAAAAACAUCAAUGACCAGAAUCAGCUGAUGAAGAGUGUGAAUAACAGUAUGACUCCAGGUGUCUGGAUUGGGUUGAAUAGAUCAAGUGUUUAUAAAUGGAAGUGGUCUCAGGGUGAUCCUGUGAAAUAUACAAACUGGUAUAAUGAAGAAUCAAAUGGUCAAGAUCAUUGUGCUUACAUGAAAGAUGGAUCAUGGCGUCAUAAGGCCUGUAAUAAAAACAUGAGAUUUAUCUGCUACAAUGAGAGCAGUAAUAGAUUCAUCAUUAAUGAUUCUUCAGUAUCAUGGAGAGCCGCUCAGAACUUCUGCAGACAGCAUCAUACUGAUCUGAUCAGUGUGAGGAAUCAGACUGAGAAUCAACAGAUUCAGAAGAUCAUGAAUGACAAAAACAUAUCUGAAGUCUGGAUUGGUCUGUUCAAUGAUUCGUGGGAGUGGACAGAUGAGAGUAACUCUGGAUUCAGAUACUGGAAGCCUGGUCAACCUGAUAAUGCUGGUGGUACUGAAGAUUGUACAGAGGUUAGAAUGUAUCAGGAGGGUCAGUGGAAUGACUUGACAUGCAGUGAAUCUCGCACCUUUGUGUGUCAAGAAGAUAGUCUGAUAUUGAUCCAGAAGAAUCUGAGCUGGUCUGAUGCUCUGAUAUACUGCAGAGAGAAUCACGUGGAUCUGGUUUCAGUUGAUUCAGAGAAGAUUCAGUUCAUGGUGACAGAUGUGAUUGAUCGGGCCUCUACUGACGCCGUGUGGAUGGGGUUACGUCACUCCUGUGCUGUUGGUCUUUGGUUUUGGGUGAAUGGAGAGAUGCUGUGCUAUCAGAAUUGGGCUCCAGGGAAUGAAACCGCAGUGGACGACUGUGACCAUGAAGUGAAAUCUGGAGCAGUUCAGUCUGGAGGAGAUCCUCGCUGGAUCAGCAUUCCUGAAUCUCGCAAACUCAACUUCAUCUGCACUAGAAAGAAAAAAAUUAAUGUGGAAAAAUAAUUUGUGUCUAUCACUUUCUUAGUUCUUUGUAAAAUUUCUGGUUUUCAUUUAGUUUUGUUCUUUAGCAUUAGGGUCCAUUAACCUAACCACAUAUACCAGAUUAAACAUUAUGCCUCAUUUUAGAAUCAUUUAUGUAUGUUAAAAAAUAUAUUUUCUAUGUUAAUCUCCUGACACAAUUUAUUUUCUAAUGUUUCUUUAAUAACUGUUGAAUUAUGUGAAAUGAAUGUGUUAUAUUUUGGGAUUGUGUAAACGUUCAUGAUAUUUACUCAUUAGAUGUGUCACUUCUGUUCUGUUUAAUGUGUGAUUAAUAAAGAUUAUGAGCUCA